AUGUCCAUUCUAGGCCCAGCGGAAGGAAAUCCACAGUUAGGACACACUUCGGCUGACACUCGAAACCUUCACAUUGCCGGUCAAAGUUCAGUAGGUCAACAAGAUCGAUCAAGUGAUGAGUAUCCUUUAAGAAAGUUGAAUGGCUUCGACGAUUGCGAUGGUAGCAUCUUCGACGAUCUUGACAUCCCCGACGAUGUUGUUGUUGACGUCGAAGAUAUUAACAUCGGCGAUGAUAACAUCCUCGCAGACGCACGAAACGAUCACAUUGCUGGUCAAAGUUCAGUAGAUCAACAAGACCACUCAAGUGAUGACUAUUUCUCAAAAAACUUUAACAUCUUGGACUGCAUUAACAUCAACGAUAUUAAUAUCCUCGACGAUUCCGACGUCGAGAUUCUCGACGAUUACGACUUUACAACACUUGAUCGAGAUAUGGAUAAUGAUCGCAAAUCACCAGGAGAAGAUAGCUGA